AUGUCUAAACUACGUGUUGUGUCUCAAGCCAGAUCCUCCAAAUCCCGCUCAUCCACCACCUCUUUGGCCAAACAAGCCGAAUCCGAAGCCAACAAAGCCAUUUCUCUUGACCCGAAAGACGCCGCCGCUUACAUCCUCAAAGCCCUCGCUCUUGACCUCCAGGGCUACAAGACCUCAGCUCUCGACUCCCUUGACAUCGCUCUCUCCCCUCUUGCUGCCAAGUCGUUGACUGAUAAAGAACGAGGCGACGCGCUGUUUAAACGGGCUGAGUUGAAGGUGUCUGUGAACCGGCGCGGCGGCCGAGUCGACUCAGCGAUCGAGGAUUUGACCAAGGCUGUCGAACUGAGUGCGGAUAACGGGAAGGCGUUUUGUCUGUUGGGAGAAUGUUAUGAAAUCAAAAAGAUGAAAGCAGACGCUAAAGCGGCUUUCGAGGAGGCUCUUAAGGUCGAGCCUAGCUCUAACGUUGCUCGCGCCGCCCUUGACCGGUUGGGCUCCUAGUUGGGUCUUUCCUCCUUUUUGGCGUCCCCUUGUUUUUGACGUCGUCGAUCUAAAAGUUUCCAGAUAUUGUAGCUUAAUGGGUUACAAUUGUUAGCGUGUUUUGAAUCUUAAAUUGUUAAUAGUUUAUCCGAAGAAAGUAAUGACAUUGAAUUUUCUAAAGUA